UGCCUUGUUUUUGGGUAGCCAAUUCGACUUGCAAAAAUAUUGCGCCGGUGUUUCUCGAGAAUAACGAAAUUCUCUACUCUUGCGAGUUUUUACUCACCGAAAAUUCCAUCCUGAUUGCCGAAAAUCAUGGUGAGCGAAAAGGGCAAGAGUUCGGCCGAGAAACCCGCGCCGAAACGCGUUUCCUCGCGUCGCAAAAUCGAUUCGCCGCAGGAGACUGCUGAGAAACCACCACCGGCGAAAGCCGCCAAAACCACGACUAAACCUGUCGCAAAGUCAACAGAACCUGCACCAACUAAGUCGAAUGCAUCUCAAGCGAAAACUGUUGCCCCUCCACCACCCUCCAAGAAGGAACAUGAGGGCGAUGUUUACAAAAUUGUCACAGAAUAUGAGGAGUCGAUGAGCAUGAAGACCAAACCUGAGGAUGAUCACGCUAAAUUCAAGGACACUUGCAAUAAGAUCAAAGAAAUAAUGGUAGAAAUAGGCGAGCUGAAAAAGCAAGAUUCCGCUGAGGCCAAGGCAGAGAUCAGUAAAAAGAGAGUGGAGGUCUGCAUGAUGUUUGUGUCACUGAAGAGGAUAAACCGGUACGAGAAGUACAAGACCAAGAACUCCAGGGAGAUGCUGAGCAAGGUGCGACAGCAGGUUGACAGCUACCACCUGCAGCUGCAGAAUUUGUUGUAUGAGUCGAUGCAUUUGCACAAGGCAGUCACAAAGUGUUUGGAAUUCAAAUCGGAAGACAAGGAUAUUGAUUUGGUCUCCUUGGAGGAAUUUUACAAAGAUGCUCCACCUAGCAUUUCUCGAAAGGAUGAGACUGAAAAAGACAGUCACCUUCAAAAACUUGCAAGGCUUGAAUGGGAAUUGGAGCAGCGGAAACAACUUUCUGUUAAAAGCGAGGAUCUCGUCAAAGCCAAAGACAACAUUGCUGCAGAAAUAACCAAGAAGAACGAGUACCUCGACAACAUUUGUCCUCAGCUUCAGACACUUGUCAAGGCAAUGAUCCCGGUGCAAGAGCAGCUCGGAAUGACUGACAGCAAAGUUAGAAAGCUGCACAAAACGGCCAUGUUGUUGCCAGAGCCAUUGUAUGCCCUCUUUGUUCAGCUUGAGGCUUACAUGGAGGCUUCAGAUAAGCUGAUUCAGGUGAACAUCGUUGGGGACGAAGAGGAGGCAAAAGCUUUAAAGAAAACUUCGUCUUUUGACGAGGAUAACGAAGACUCGGAUUCUGACCUUGAAGAUCUGAUCCAGCCGAGGCGCAGUAAUCGAAGGGUGUCCCGAACUGACAGACAGGACGAAGAGCGCAAGACGCUUUUGCAGAAGCACCCGCUUUCAGUGCAGCUGCUUGUUAAACUUAAAAAUUACAAGGACUCAAUCAAGCUGACGUUUAGCUAUUUGCUGAAACUUCAUGUGGUUACUGUGAAGUGCCUGGUCAACAUGGACAAGGAGUUGGAGGGAAGCUUUGCAGGUGAUUUGAUUUCUCCGAGCACACUUCUCUGUGAACUUAAUCCAGACGAUAAAGGCCUCGUAAGUCCCAACGCAUCAAACUACUUCCAAUUGGGUGAACUGGGCUUGGAUUCUUUUGCAAACUACGUCAAAGACCUAGGAUUCCCUUACCGUUGGGCCCAGCAAAUGUGCGGCUUCUCGUUCCUCACUGAAACGCCGAAGAGUGAACCUGUAAUGGUGAUGAAAGUUGAUCCAGCUGUAAGUCGUGGAUGUGUGCCUGAAAUGGUCAGAACUGUGAGGAACAGGUUUAAAGCAAGGAUGGCUCUCGGAAAGCAGAUUCAGGACUUUGAAAAAGGCAAAGUUAACGUUCACCCAACGCAAAAGCGAUUGUUCCCCAAAAAGGUUGCUUGCAACUUAGCAACCUGGGAAACUCUCACUUGGGAUGAUUACGAAGUGAUUUCCUCAAAUCAGCAUCUUGUAGAAGAAUCAGUCGUCUCCCAGUCGGACACUUUUUAUAAAGCGAACUUUACAAGACUUAACUCUGACGGAAACUUUGCAAAAUUGACCGCUUUCAUCGUGGUUAAGCCAGAUUAUCCACGUGCACCGCCAAUUUUUUCCCUACGCAUUCACUGGAACACCGACAUGGAUGGUAAAAACAAUAGCGCCAUAAGGGACAUGGAAAAAGAAGUGAACGUUCACUGGCGAGAGCUGAUAGCUGGACCUGGCUGGGGUUGGGGUCUGCUCUCGGCGCAAAUGAUGCGUCUCAUGGUGUGCUUUGACGUGUUCCUGGAGGCACUGGGCUGUGCUGGCACCGCGCCUCCAGAGUUCAGUAUGGACACGCAUCGCUUGUUCUUCAGGCCGGUCAAGGGGCGGUGCAGAAGCCUGCCUUUCAAGUACGUGCCUGGCGCAGGACACGGAAGAUUCGUCCAACGAUAAUAAGGCGCAGCACAGGUUUUUACCGCCAUUGCUUAUUUUUUAGACGAUGUAACGAAUUGAACUAAUUUGUGGAGAAAAGAAAAAAAGGUGAGGCUUCACAAAGAUUCGACCUUUUUUAUUAUGAAAUAAAUUUUUUUUAAAGAAUG